UGUCUUACAAGCUUGAUGGGAAAAACGUAGAAUUAUCAGAUGUCUGCAUUCAUAAUGUGAAAAACUAAAUUAUAUUGUUUGGAUAGCUCUACCUAACUACUAGUUUAUUGAUCUAAUAGUUGGAACCGAGUUUGCCAGUUUAUACCAUAUAUUGACUAUCUAGAACGAUUUUCAAGCAGUGAGUUCAACCGUUUUUUUGUCAAUUUUGCCGGAAUUUCACCGGUUUAAGAGCGCUUUAUAACCGGUCGGUUUUCCGGCCGGACCGGACCGUUUUAGAAAUUUCUGUCCGGUUCCAGCUCUGGGAAGAGGUAAUCUGAAUGAAAUAUUGUACAAAACGAUAGAGUUUCUUCAAGACUUAUGCAUAUUUUCUUAGAAUUUUGACGAUUUAAAAAAAAAAAUCGGAUGAAAAUCUUUAGAUGAUGAAAUUAGUAGACACCAAGAGAUUGAUCUGAAGACUGUGAUCAUUUAAUAUUUCAUCGAUAUUUAUCUAACGAUGGUUUUCAGAUUGAUAUAAUCGAAUUAAAUACGAAACAGAGCAUAAAUUUAUUCGAAUUAAUAAAUAAUUUCUUUUUAUUUAGUCGUGAUAGUCAAUUAAAAAAACAAGGCUAUUUAUGUGCUGGUUGUGGACGUUAUGUUGAAAAAGGUUAUGCAUAUCGAUUUCGAUAUUGUGAAUAUACUGGCAAAUAUUUUUGCCGUAGUUGUCAUUCUGAUAAAAAAUCUUAUCUACCAUCUUAUAUAAUAACAAAAUGGGAUUUUUCAAAUAAACAUAGUGUAUCAAAUUUUGCUUUUGAUUAUUUAAAUCGCAUAUAUAAAGAAGCAGUAUUUAAUAUAAAUGAUCUUAAUUCAAAAUUAUUUCAAAAAAGUACUAAAUUAAAAAUAAUGAAUGAACUUCGUUGUACACUUUAUUUUCUUCGUCGUUAUAUAUUAACAUGUCGUUUUGCUGAAGAAACAGGAUAUCAACAAAGUUUACAAACAUUACCAUCAUAUAUAUAUGAACAUCCACAUAUAUAUUCAUUAGAAGAUUUAUUUAAAACUAAAUCAGGUGAAUUGCAUAAAGUGUUUGAACCAAUUGUUAUGAAAUUGCGUGAUCAUGUUUUAACAUGUUCUUUAUGUUUUGCUAAAGGUUACAUAUGUGAAAUUUGUAAUAAUGACAAAACUAUUAUUUUUCCAUUUAAUAUUCAAACAACGAGUACUUGUUCUGGUUUGUAG